AUGUCGCUCGCAUCUGGGUACGAUGGACUCCCCCUCCCCUCAGCCGGACUUCGCCCCCUCCUCCUCCGCUCUAGACGUCGUAUUGACAGGUCCCUUUCUCACAGUGUCUCGGUCGACAACAACUGCCUCAAUGAGUUCAACAACUUCCGCUUGAGCAGAGGCGCGACCAAGUACAUCAUCUACAAGAUCUCUGAUGACAAGAAGAGCGUUGAGGUGGAUCACGUUGGCACCGAUUCGGACUACGAGGCCUUCCGUGAGAAGCUCGCCGAGUCCAAGGACGCUGCUGGCCGUCCUAUGCCCCGUUAUGCCGUCUAUGAUGUCGAAUACGAUCUCGGUGGUGGCGAGGGCAAGAGAAGCAAGAUUAUCUUCAUCUCUUGGGUCCCCUCCGAAACCCCCACCCUGUGGUCUAUGAUCUACGCCUCCACCCGUGAGGUCCUGAAGAACGCCCUCAACAUCUCCACCUCCAUCCACGCCGAUGACAAGUCCGAUAUUGAGUGGAAGACCGUCCUCCGCGAAGCCAGCGGUGGCAAGGCUUAA